GGGAAAAGUCAGUAGUAGUAGAAGUAGUCUAGUAGAAUAGAAGCGAUGUCUAAGAGUCAUUUCAUCAAACACCUUUCGUUCAAUCUUAACAGGGCUCUCGUUCACCGCCCUCCUCCUCUGCUCCCGCUCCCGAGUCUCGUUAAUACCACCAAGCCCGAUUAUCCCUUCUUUAGACGGUCAUGCUUCUCCUCCAACAUCCGCACUUCUUCUUCUCGUGCAACAUUUUCAUCAGCUUCGGCAGCGAGUCCUGCCACUUCAACCGACUGGAACUACCAGAGCUACGUUUCCGUCCGGAUUCGAUGCCCGCGGCAUGCUUACGAAUCGUUUUCAGAAGCUCUGCUAUGCUUCGGAGCAAGUUCAAGCAGCGUGGAUGGUGAUGGUGCUGGUGAAGAGGAAGAAGGUGGAGGAGGAGAUGGUUCCUAUGGCCUUAAUGAGGUCGUUAUUGAUUCUGUAUUCGUGGAGUGCCAAGAUGUCAAAGCGUGCAUUGCGAAAGCUGCCAAUGCUGCUGGUUUGAAGACGACACCGAGCUAUCAGGUUAAGACGGGUGCCCAGGAUGACUGGAUUCGGCAAUCUCUGGAAUCAUUUAAUCCAGUUGAAGUUACUCAAGGGCUUUGGAUUGUGCCAGAAUUGAAAUCUCCGCCGGAUAUUAACGCGACUAAUAUAAUCCUCAAACCUGGUUUUGCUUUUGGAACUGGGGAGCAUCCUACUACAAAGUUGUGUUUAUUGCUGCUAAAAGGUUUGAUAAAAGGAGGAGAAUGCUUCUUGGACUAUGGAACCGGUUCUGGAGUUCUUGCAAUUGCAGCACUUAAGUUUGGUGCAGCUGUGUCAUUUGGAAUCGAUGUAGAUGAGCAAGCUAUUGAAUUAGCACAUCACAAUGCUGUUCUGAACAACAUGGGACCUGAGAAAAUGAAGCUGGACUUAGUUUCUGGCAAUAAAAUGCCUUCUCCAAUGGGUUCAAGGACAGAUGAAGUGUUCAUGAAAACUGAAACAUGUGAUGUUGUCGUCGCUAACAUACUUCUGAAUCCUCUCCUGGAACUUGCAGAUGACAUUGUCUCUUUUGCCAAACCUGGAGCCGUUAUUGGGUUAUCUGGGAUUCUGUCUGAGCAGGUGCCACUUAUUACCAACAGGUACUCGCAGUUCUGGGAAGACCAGUCAGUUGUAGAAAUGGAUGGCUGGGCAUGUGUUAGUGGAACAAAGAGAGCCAAACCAAACCUAUGAGAAGGUGAGAGUUUCUCUCUAACCCUGUGGUUCAAAGUAUGGUGUAACAGCCACUUGAUCAAACUUGUGUUGGCACAUCAUCUGCGUAAUACGCUUACCAAUUAAGCAAUACUAAUAGGCAUUUGCUGAUAAAGUGCUCCACUAAUAUACAAUUCUACACCGGGGGAACACUCAUGGAAUGGAAUUAAAAACAGAAAUACAC